CUGUAAAUAAUUUCCAAUGUAUGAUAUAAUUAAAAUAGGUUAACGAGAAAAAAGACGUUUGAACACGUGUGAAAGAGAAAAGUAUUUUAUAUCACUUUAUAUACAAAAUAUAAAAAGAUACAUAAAUAAAAAAAAAACAAUAUUCCAAAAUGUAUCUCAUGUAUUAUUUGAAUGAAAAGGGAGAUCGAGUAUAUACUUUAAAGAAAGUGGAUCCUAACGGAAGACCUACAUUAUCAGCACAUCCAGCUCGAUUUUCUGUGGAAGAUAAAUAUUCAAGAGAAAGGAUUACAAUGAAAAGGAGAUUUGGUCUACUUUUAACACAAAAACCACUACCUAGCUAUUAACAUUAUACAGAUAUAAAAUCAUGUUAGAUUGGUUUAAGUUAGAUUAGGUUAAAUUUUAUUGGAAAAUGUAGACGUGUGUGCAAAUGAAAUGUAUAAUUGAAAGAACUUAUACAUAUAUACAUAUAUAAUAAUACAAUGUGGUUUUGUGCAAGCACAUAUAAUAAUCUAUAUCUCUGUCACCAGAGAUAGUUCAACUUUUACACCUACAACUUCCUUUAGUGAUAAUUGACGGAAAUGCAUGUACAGACUCAUACUAAUGCAUUCGGUACCAUAUAACUGUAAUACGUAUAUAAUGAUUAAAGAAUUUAUUAAUAUAAUUUAAAUUUUAGAUAAAUAAAUUUAUUAAUUUGUAUAAAAUAUUGGAUUGAUCUGUUAAUAUAGGAAACAAAACCACAUUUCUUACAUAUUAUUUUUAUACAGAUACAUAUAUUUACUAUAAACAAAUUUUAUUUGCAGUUUUUUAACUGUAUCUUCACAUAUUAUUUAUAAAGAAUAAAAACUUUGUUCUAUACAGUA